AUGGCUACCAAGGACCACGAGUUCUUGUUCUUCCUCGCCGCCGCUGCCAUCGUCAUUAGCUGUCACGCAGCACGCUCGGGCAACGCCGCCACCGCCGCCGGCGACGGCAAGCUGUCGGGCAUCACCGUCACGGCGGCGAGGACAGGGAAGGUGGUGGAGGGGCUGCCGGAGUACGAGGUGACCGUGGCCAACGGGUGCGGCGCCUGCCCGCAGAACGGCGUCAGGGUGAGCUGCCCGGCCGGCGGCGUGCAGAGCGUCGAGCCGGCGGACGAGAGCAAGAUCCGCGCGGACGAAGCCGGGCUCGGCCUCGUCAACGACGCCAUAUGCCGGUGGCGAAGGGCUCGCCGGUGACCAUCGGUUUUCAAGUUUUCACCUUAAGUAAAAAAUUGCAGCAUG